CGUCGCGGAGGUCAGAGGAGGCGAGCGCGGCGUAGGGGGAGGGGAGAAAAGACGCUUGCCUAGGGCAAACAGUACCCCGGAGUUUAAGAUUAAACCUGUAAAAAUAUAUUUAGUAUAUCAAGAUUGCGUGCCGCUAUUAAUCCCGCCUUCUCCUGUUCUCACAGAAUCCUUUAGGCAAAUCCUGCCUAUGCGCCUAAAAUGUGAUCGAAAACGGAAAGCCCCGAAAAACAAUAACAUAAAAAUAUACUGAUAAGUGCGAUACAACAGAGAGAAAAAAAAAAUGCCUGGGAUCGAUCGAACCUCAUCCAGAUCAGAAGAAAUAAUAAAAAAAAAGAUAAACCAUAAUUCCAGAAACACGCUUUAACACCGUAUGGCAGCUAAAGCUAUACGGCUGGCUAGGCAGGAGAGUUUGGCCCCAGCACCGCUUCUAACCUCCGGCACGUGACUUUCAAAAAAUGUUUAUCAAUUCCCUAUAACAUCUCCCGCGUAUCUGUUAAAACCUUGAAAGACACGGGAUAUGCGUUUUACUGCUUAAGUACAAUACACAAGUGCCAGAUGCACCCGCGCAUUAAUAGGGAGGCAAUUACCAGGUUCCUAGCCCUGUCCUAUAUGGUUACGCCACGCACAGCUCGCUGAGAUGUAAAGCGAAAAAUAUUGGAGUCUUCACGCUAGGGAAGGGAAUAAGUGUGUUGCUAUAGUAGUGUGGUGACGUCACGGGUAGGUAUGUGGGUUCUGGGAGCGAGAUUGUGGUUUUCUACGAAUGCUAGCAUAUGCGCAUGCGCACGCAGCCUCUGUCCUCACAUUUAAUGUUGUUUUACCAAACAAUAUUUUCCUAACCGAUGAACCAAAGCUGCAUUGAUAUCCGCCAAGAAGGAGCCUGCCCUCCUGUUUUUCAGUACAAAUCCCAUCAGCAUUGUACUGGCGUCAGUUAUUUGUGUAACUCGGACGAUAAGUGUAGUCCCGGCGAGCAAUGCCGUCCGCAAGAAAACGAGUGUCCUCUAAAAUGCCGAAAAACUAUUAAAAAAAAGAGUUGCCCUAUUGAUAUCGCCUUUCUUCUCGAUGCAUCCGGAAGUAUGGGAUGGCGGACCUGGGGGAAAAUAAAGAAUUAUGCCAAGUCUAUCGUGGACAUGGGUGACAUAUCGACCCAUGUCGGUAUCAUAACGUUCAGCACCGACCCAGUAAUCGAUAUCCCCUUCGACAAAUACAAAGGAGUAGAAAUGAACGCCGUCAACAUCAAAAGCGAUAUCGACGAGCAAAGGCGGCAGAAAGGCUACACAUUCAUCGAUAAAGCGCUUACACUUGCCGAUAAAAGUCUUUUCACUGAAGAAGCAGGAAUGAGAGAGGACAGUCUGAAGACAAUUGUAGGCCACAGUGUUGUCACGCAACUGAAGGUCACUCGAUGCAUUUCAAGAUUUUUUCACGCAACUGUAGCUGUUUCAAUGUCGGACGGAAUCCAGACCAAGGAUCGAGGACCGUUUACGCCUACCAUCUUCGCCGCAAGUCCAGGUAAUAUCGGACCGCCAAGAGAUCUCAGAGGAGAUGAUACCCAAUAGAAUGCUUGGGAACCCUGUCUUAUUUCUGUAUACAAUGUGUCAGGUGAUUUUCGUAGAGUAGUGGCGGUGCCCCUCUGCUGCCAAUAUUGUAGUCCAGGCAACGAUUUGACCCAUCACUAAUGCUGCUAUUUUUUUUUUUUUUUUUUUUGGGGGGGGGGGGUUGCUAUUUUGAGCAUCGUUUUGGGUUAGGGCCUCAAUUUUUGAUAUAAGGGUUUAGGGGAGGGCCUUACUUUUUGAACAGGUAUUCUGAUCAAUUUCCGAGCCUCCUAAAAGUAGGCCUUUCCAGAUUGUGCUCGGCACUAUUUUAGCGCAAUUUGGGUUUAGGAGCACUAUUUUGAUCAGAGAACACUUUUUGGGUAAACAAGUCAACUUCUAGCUUUUUUAACCCAAAUGACUAGGUUUUGUUGUCUUAUAUAGACAUUUCUAGUUUCCUUAACUAAAAAUAAUAUUAUCUCAACUAGGCUAAGACUGUAAGACUGGUGAUUUCGACAUUUUAAUAGGUAGGCUGUGAUUUGGUAACCACAAAUAUUGGGUAGCCUUUGGAGUUCAUUACAAUAAUAGAAUGCCUUAUCUAGAAGAUCUGUUUGCCAUGUUUUCCUGUUUUACAUCAUUUGUAAUUAUUUCUCGUUAAGAGAUUGUUAUAAUAAAGGCCUGUUUUUUAGAAGUAUCCAAAUAAAAAAGGUAAUAAACAAACACAAAAGAGAACAAAGUCAUUUAUAAUACAGUUAGUUGUUAUACACUAAAGUGUGAUUUACCCGUUCAUGGACAACAAUCUGACAAUAUAAGAUAUACUCUAAUGCAUGUUUUUAACAAAAGCAAUAUUCUUUCUUUUAUUCAAAUUUUAAUAAAACACAACUUAUUUCUAAAAAAUAAAAAA